AUGCUAUUGUCCAGGAAUUUCUUGUAUUUGGUCUUGACUGCGCCCCUUUGCGCUGGGAGAGCUUGCUAUUUCCCUGAUGGGUCUCCUGCUUCUAAUGAUGUGCCGUGCUUUUCAGGGGAUCGUAACACCCAUUGCUGUUCAAAAUCCUCCAUCUGCAUGACCAACGGUUAUUGCCUUGAAUCAACCCAGCCAUACGUUCUCGGGCGUGGAUCAUGCACCGACAAGACUUGGAUAACCAGCACAAAGGGUUCAGGAUGCUCGAUCGUCCUCUACAGCUUCCUUAAAGGCACAGCUUUGUACUGCGCUAACUCUAUCGUCUCCAAUUCGUCAGACAGCAUAACCUGCGCAGGGAAUACAGAGCCAUUCCUCAUCAAUGACGGCGACGUCAUCACCAAUAAAGCCCUUCUCGAGAGAGCCUCUUGUUCUGUACCUAGACUUAACCCGACGGCAUCCAACAGCGAUGGUACACAUGCUUCAGCUACCAGCGUUCCCGUUGAACACGAAACCUCGGGAGCCUCGAAUGUGGCCAUUGGUGCUGGUGUUGGUGUCCCUCUAGGUCUUUUGGCCAUAGGAGCCAUAGGUUGGGCCCUUUACGAACGGAAAAAGCGAUACCGCCUGAUAAACUCUUAUUCUUCACAAUCUACAGAAACGCAACUACCUCCAAUUCAACCUCAAACACAACCUAUGGCUGCACAACCGUACGAAAUGCCACCAACAUCAAAACCCACACACUUCACUACGGCUCCUCAAGAACUAGGAGACGAAAACCGCUAA